AUGACUCCUAGGGAUCAUCUUAGGAUUUAUGCAGGGUUCUUUUUUGGUUGUUUGUGUAUUACCGCACCUGUUCUCUGUGGACUAUAUUUCAUUCAAAGCCUUCACAUUGGAGCAUUCAUCCAAGUAUUCGCCAUAAUUGUCAACACGGCAGUAUUUGUUCUCGCUGCAUAUUUCGUCCUUUACAGCAAUGAUUUAGAAGAAGGCGAGAUUUCUGAAUCAAUUGGAGUCAAAAUCAUGGUAAGUUCCUCUAUUUUUGAUUUGGAUUCGUUUAAGAUGUUUUCAAGUGGAUUUGACCUGAUUGAUUCAAACGGCAUUUUUCAACCGUUUUAGUCUUUACGUAGAGUAUAUGAGUCGAGUAUAUUUCGCUAAUUACCUUGAAAGAACAAGACGGACUAACAGAGAGAGACCAUUAGAUGGAGCUUUAUAGACGCACUUUUACUUCAAAGCCAAACAAGGAACGCUUAUACCAUUUUGGCUCUUAUUAAAUUAUUUUGCAGAGAAUACAUCUGUGAACUGCCGACCCCCUCCCCUCGAAAAAAGAAUUUUCUCUAAUAACUCUGCAGUCUUCAAAUCAAUCAAGAACCGCCCGGGGGUUAUACGACUCAAUUAUUUACUAUGAUGGGAGUCAAAAUUCAACAAUGUUUCCUGAUCUUUUUUAAGCUACUUAUAGCAAGGAACCCAAAAGUGUGACCUCCUUCAAUUAACUCACAUUCUUUCAUGCAGACAUUACCCAAUCAGACGUCGAAGACAGUUUCCAGCUGGCUUCUGAUUGGAUUAAAUCAGUGUACCAAAAAAUGUAAAUAAGUAAAAAGCGGUCACACUUUUGGGCUCCUUGCUGUAAAUUAGUACCAUGGGAAAGUAUAUUUCCAAUAAAAGUAUAUUUCCAAAGAGGUCUCAUUUGAAUGGUAACACCAAACAGGAUUUCAUCCACAGAGUCAAAAAGUUAAACCACCUUAAAGUUUCAAGAUUCCACCAUUCUCUCUGAGAGUGAACGGUUACACUCUUCAUAGCUCUGCACCAUUGAGAUCACAACACAUGACACACAUUCAUGAGAUUAAUUCCAAAAGAACUGACUGAUAGGCUGAUACAUCGUGGCAUGGUAAGCCUUAAACGCAUAAUGAUCCGGGUCUGGAAAAGGGGUCCAGAUCCCACAUUCCCGUUCCUUUUACAGGAGAAUCCCGCUUCCCAACUUUUUUCAUCGCUAUCCCGAAUAUCAUUUUCCGCAUCCGCAUCCGCCGCCCACACUUUUGCGAAUACCGCUUCUCCCCUAGCAGUCUAAUCCCGAAUCUCGGCCCCAUUGUGUAUUUUGGUUAAACCCCGGAAUACCCUUCCAGACCCUGUAAAUAAUUUCAUGUGACCACUACCUUUUAUUUAUAAUUUUGCUGCAUUGGUGCUGUUGGCUUCUCCUGUUGGUUAGUAGAAGCAGCUAUUGCCGGCUACUGGGCGCAGACGGCUCCUCACAGAGGCGACGUACAGGACCCAUCAUUUAUGGGUUGGGAUUCGGCGAAAUUGCUCGUACGUGGGCUCACAGGAGCAUUUCUGAUACGCGUGUUUAUGAAAGUAAAUGCACGAUCAUUGCCACUUCAGAAUCUAAACAAGAAAUGGAAUCAUUUGCUUGUCCCUGUCAUCAUGUUAGGAAUACUUUCAGUGUUUGUAGAAACGCUGCUUGACCAGUAUGGGGCACCCCUUGAUAUGAAACUUCGGUAGGUAAUGGUCUAAUGCACAUGCGCAGUGCUUCCAGUCGCUCUGUAAACAUGAAGUUCUCAUCCCCAGUGCCACUUGGCCUAUUAAAUUUGACCGCGUGACCAAAAGAACUCUGAAGUUAUUAAACGUGAUGGCUCUGGGCUGGCCACAAAUAAAAGCAAAGAGAGCUGCGGCCCGUUUCUCGAAAGUCCCGAUAAUUAACGGGCCCGGUAAGCUGUCUCGGUUUCCAUUAAAGAUCGAGGUUUCAAUAGUUUUGCAUCUAACAAGAUAAAACUAUCAGUUAACGAAACAAAAUGCAGUAGUUUGCUAGCCAGGACCCGCGCUCUUAUUCUUUUUAUUUCGAUUUGAAUAUUUGAUUUCGGGCCCGAAAAGUUAACGGGACUUUCGAGAAACGGGCCCCUGGCCCGGNACUAUCAGUUAACGAAACAAAAUGCAGUAGUUUGCUAGCCAGGACCCGCGCUCUUAUUCUUUUUAUUUCGAUUUGAAUAUUUGAUUUCGGGCCCGAAAAGUUAACGGGACUUUCGAGAAACGGGCCCCUGGCCCGGAAACUGGGUUAUGCACUUUUUGGACGGCAAGAAAAAUGUUUACAUGUAACUAAGUAUAAAACAGUUAAAAGGACGAGUGUCAGAAUAAGGAGAGGAAAUUUGGGUCCCCUGAUUUGCUUGUUGCAUUUCCCAUCCUCGAACAGGGGCACCCAACGACUGUUCUCUGUAAAAUAUCUCUUCGGAGAAGCAAAUAUUGCCUAUGUAUAGAAUUUUCUAUUACUUGAGGGCGGCUAAAAAUUUCUAGAUGACCGUUCCAUUCAUGUACAACUUUCGAAGCUUAUGUAACAAAUUCCCUACGAUUUUCUGGAGUUUAAUUUUUCACAUUUUACUACCAAGGUUAGGCUAUUUUUCGAAGAAAAAAGGAAACCUAAAUGUGAUGGAGAGAGGAAUGAGAAACAUUCUCUCUUUCGUAAUUCUAUAGCGCCGCUCGGAAUGCAUCUCUAGAGAUCUAAAAGUACUCUGGAAAGCUUAAAAAGUGUUUUCAAUGUAUUUAGGAGGAAACCUUCGUUGGUUGCCCCUGCUCGAAUCCUCUCGGUCUCAGAGGAUGCUCGUUUCGUUUCACGAACGCUGGCUCAUCAGUCGAUUUCAGCUUUGUAGAUGUCUGAGAAAAAUAAGGUACUGUUCAUCUGGCCACACCGCGACUUAUCAUGAACGUCUCUGAAGUACAACAUAUUUAUCCUGUAUAUUUUAUUGUAUUCCCGCCCAUUAAAACAAACGCCUAUGAAGUCAUUGACUGGCCCCAUGUAUGGCUUUAAAAUCCGGGAUUCAUCCCAAAGAAUCCGAAAUCCCGCUAACGUUUAGAAUCAGGGAUCCAAGUUCCACUUACAAGGAAUCCACAAUCCAGAAUCCACUGCGUGGAAUCCAGAAACUAGGAUUCUUGAAUUGUGGAAACCAUUAUUGGUCCGCUUUUCUGUUGUGUGGUGUUGGCAUGGCUCAGUUUCUUUUCAAUCGCCGUUUGGUGGUUGCACCUGUUCGCAACACCAAGAAACUGAAUUGAAACCUGUUUUAAAUUAUUUUAUUUUUAUUAUUAUUAUUUUUUUAUUUUAUUAGUUUCGCCAACAUAAGCAGAGAAAUAAUGACGGUAAUCAAACAAAAUAACAAAGAAAGAAUGGCAGGGAUUCCGCAACAGCGUGAGCCAGUUACUGCGGGCCCAGAAAAUUAAAAAAAUAUAUAAGAAUAAUUAAAAUACAUAAUCACAAAAUUAAAAGCAAUUACCUUACUUGGGGUAAUCUAUGGAUGGAUGAGCUAAUGAAGUUCUAUUCUGAUUCUUAACAAUGAAGUACCUCUGCUCAGGCCUAGGCCAAACGUCUAACUUUUCAUGAGAUGCACCACUCUAAGUGAGUUAAGUUAGCGAAAGUCAGUUGACUGCUGGUUUAGAUAAGUCGUCUUAAAGAGUAUGGAUCUUCCAACACAGUCUUUCUACGGCAGACGAAGUCUGCCUAUCUUGCAGACUUCUAGUAGGGGAAGUGUUUGCAGCUAGAAGUGAACGCUGCUCGACUUAAUUCUUUAAUUUGUAAACAUACUACUAUGAGCAACCCCUUACUUUUCAGGAUUUAAGUUCAACGUCUGACCCAACAGACGAUCUUAACUUGUUAAAUUGAGGUAGACCCAAAUUAGAGUGUGGUUAGUCUCGUCCAUGAAAAGCGCAACGUUUAGUCUAGGCUAAGGUGAGACGAUUUUGUCGAAAAAGGUCUUACUACACGUAUAAUCUCUUAGUUUUAGUGCCCGUUACUUUUUUGUUUAUAUCUUCUUUUCAGUUGUGAGAUCAAAGAGGAAAGUUUGAAGAUUCUUCUGGAGGUUGAGCCCCCCCUGUAUCUCGGAUUCUUGAUUCACGUGUUUCUACACUUUUUUAUACUUUGGUCAAAUCUUGGUAAACGACAGGCAAGUCUAGAAUAUUCUUAUUCGACCAUCGAAUCAGUUUCUAUUUCACGCUAUACAUCAUGUGUCAGUUCACAAGUAUCACUAGAACACAAAGGAGAAGACUAA